UAAUUUAAUUACAAUUGUUAGUCAUUAUGGAUGAGGAAAUAAAGUGUCCGCAUUGCGGAUCAACUAAAUAUAGAAAUCCAUCGUUAAAAUUGAUGGUCAAUGUCUGUGGACAUGCAUUGUGUGAGACAUGUGUGGAUCGAUUGUUUAUGAAGGGUUCCGGACAGUGUCCUCAAUGUAAUGUCAAUCUUAGAAGAACUAACUUUCGACUCCAACUAUUUGAAGACCAUUUAGUCGAAAAAGAAGUCGAUAUUCGCAAAAGGAUUUUAAAGGACUUUAACAAAAAACAAGAAGAUUUCGCAUCUCUUGAGGAGUUUAACAACUACUUAGAACUAAUCGAAACUAUUGUCUUUAAUUUAACUAAUGAUGUCGAUAUAUUGGCCACAAAUAAAUUGAUUGAUAACUACAAGAAAGAAAAUGCCACUCAAAUCAUCAAAAGCAGAAGUCGUUUGAGUAAAGAUGAAGAACUAAUUGAGGAACUGCUCGAACAAGAAAGACAACAAACACUUCUUAGGACUCAAUUGAUUAUUAGUGAAAACAAAGAAUCGGCCAAAAGUAAAGUAAAACUUCGGGAAUCUCUGGCCGAUGAACUCAUGUUUUCUGAUGCAUCGGCACAACAAAUACUGGCCAAUCAUAACAAUGAAAUGAAAGUACAAUCUUCUGAAAUGACUAAAAAUAUGGACGUCUUAUCAUUGACAGCAAAGCAACAGACAAAAGCAUUUUCAACCGGUAUUCUUGUAGGAAAAGGAAGCAAUGUUUUUGACCAAAAUGUAAGACAACCGGAAGGAAAGUCUUAUGUUUACAAAUCACCUCAUUUUGAGAUUAACGGUCCCGACUGUCCUCAUUUGGUCGCAAUUCAGUCUAAUGGUUACUUGAAUAAUGUUAGACCUGCUUCUGGUCAAGACUUGGCCGGGGGUUUCCUCACCCACUUUCCGUGUCAUCGGGCACUUCAGGAAGCAUUUUGUGGACUUUAUUUCAAAAUUUAA